AUGUCGCUAACAAAGACAGACUCGUCAGAGACGCUUCACGGAACGGAAAAAGUCGAUAAAGUGGGGCAACAGGAUGCCCCGCCCGAUGCCCACCAGGGCGCUUCACCGCUGGAAGAGCCUUUGGAGGAAGCUGAGGUGACCAAGACAGAUUCGCCUCGUGUGGAGGAGACUGUGGUGAUUGUGGAGGUGCCAGAGAAGGUGGAGGACGGGAAGGAGGAGGUGCUGGAAAACGUGAAUGUGGAGGAAACGCUGGCUCUGGAGGAGCCUGAAAAGACCCAAAACAACACGUCUAAGCUGGUGGAAGAAGAGGCUGCAGACGAGCUUGUGGAGAUUGCAAAGAAGCUUUAUAACGAGGAGUUUGUGCUGAUCAGGCCCGAAGAGUAUACCCAGUUUUUGGCGGCGGACGAUAAGGACUCGGCUGCUAUCAGGGAGCUAUACAUGGACAUGUUUACGUGGAGCCCCAGUUUGGUGAAAUCCACGAGAAUUUUGUGCCUGAAGUUGUACUUGAAGGGAGAGUCCCAGGAGAUCGACCGUAUUCUUCUGGCGUUCACGAAACUGUACAUUCGCCAGAACCCAGUGAACGUGUUUUGCACGAGAGAUUUCGAAAAAAUCUAUAUUAUCUUGUACAGUUUGAUUUUGCUCAACACGGCGCUUCACAACCUGGAAAUCAGCAAGAAGAGUUCGAUUUCACAGGCUGAUUACGUGAGGAAUACGUUCACGACGUUCCUCCAGCUGAACAAGAAGACCUCCAGUAAGCUUUCUGUCAAACAGAAGAUCCAGAUCGAAAGAGAACUUCACUCGUACUAUGACGAUUUGGCCCGUUCAGAGCUUUACUUGAAGAAAACUAGCGAUUCUACCCUCCACACUUCUUCACAAAGACGCGUGAUUUCUACAAACUCCAACCGUCUUUCUGUGGCUGAAACAAUCCGCCUGACUGUCUCUGGCAACUCUAAUGAUCACCCAGCACUGCCACAAGUGAACGGCGAAGAUUUUGACCUUUCCAGGCAAAUCUCCAACACUUCAAACCUCUCGACCGACCAUGAUGGCCAGCGCAGACACUCCUUGGCGCUUCUGAAGGUGAGAUCGGGCGGUUCUGCUGUUUCCCACGUCACUGCAACAUCUAAUAACGCUGGCUACGGCCUGAACGGUGCUCGUGUGGGCUUCACUCGUGUUUUGCACUCCAACACCAAUUCUCAAAGAAAUACCUUGAAGAAUAGAUCUUCCUUGGACCACUUGCGUCACUAUGGGCAUUCUUUGGGUCACAAGAGCUCCAGAGCGUCCAUCGUCAGCAGACAGUCCAACGCUCCAGAAGACCAGCUUUCGCUUCUGACCACUGAUCUUCCAAACUUGGAUACACUGUACAAUGGCAAGCAAGACCUUGAAGAUUUCGACGUGGCAAACUUCCAAGACUCGUACGACCUCAAGUUAGAGUUGCAGGGCUCCCCUUACUUGAAAGAAGGUCUUUUGAAGCUUCGUAUUAUUAACAAUGACCAGCUGGAUUCUACUGGAAAUGGCGACGUGCACACGCCUGCUUCUUCAGGUAUUCUCCUGAGCGCCUCUUCCAUUACUUCCAGAAAGCCAGGCGGAUUUUUUUCCUUUUUCAAGAGUGCUCCAAAGGAACCUGCUUCUGUAUCUACUACUGUGGGAACCAGCCACAACCACCAUGCCUUUUCCACAAAGUUCAGCGAAUACUUUGUUGUGGUAUCUAAAGGUGAGCUCAGAUUAUAUUCUUUUGACCCUAAGCAAAUCAAGAAACAACAGCAGAAGUUGAAGAAGCUCAGAAAACACAGUCUUGCUUUUGGUGUUGAUCUUGAAGAUGACGAGGACGAUAUUGGUGACGGUAACUGGCUUAAGAACGCUGCUAAUAUGGGUAACUACAACUUGUGUUCUACCAUUGCUCAGCUUGAACGCCUGUCGCUUUCUCAACUGUCUGAUAAGAUCCAAUGGUCGUUGUCGUUCCCUAAAACAAGCAAGAAGGCUCCAAAGAAGUUCGUUUUUGAAGCUGGUACAAUGGAAGUCGCUACUGAGUACGUCAACACCUGUAACUUCUGGGCUUCAAAGAUCACUGCCGUGCCCCCACUCGAAGAAAGUGUUUCGUCUCUAGAGUACGGCUGGACCCAUUUGGACGGACUUGUUUCCAUGGGCGAUGCUUUCAAGAAGGCAAGAAAUAUCAGUAAAUGGGAGCAGCUUCCAAAGGGCGUCUACAUCAGCAACUUGUCUGUGGCUGACGAGGGAGACGAAGUGCAACACGAGGGAUUGCUGAAACAGUUCUUGAUGACGCUAAAGUACUAUAACAGCUUGAAGGGCUACUAUAACAAUUUUAGUCAGAUGAGAACGACAUUCUUGAGGAACAUGAGAAAAUUCACCGGCACUUCCAACUACAAGUUGGUUUCCCAGAACUACGAAACCCGUGCUAACGAAUAUAAGGUUGAGCUUACCAAGUACAAGAACUACGUGAUUAUGCUUGGAUACGGCCUCAAGCUUAGAUUUGAUGCUGUUGAAGACGACGUUUACGAGAAGCUUAAGCAGGAUAUCAUUGACGACACGGAACUCACCAUUGAUAAAGAAAAUGACGUUGAGGUUGGUGCUGAAGUUGCCAAAAGACUCACUGAACACCAUGAAAGCGAACUGGAAGUGAUUAAGGUGGCCAAGAAGGAGCUUGAAAAGCUCAGUAUGCUUACUCCCGACCUCUACAUGAUGUUCAGAAGGAAAGACGCUUUACCUGAGUCCAGAGACGAGAAAGAGGAUGCCGAGUAUGAUGUUUCCACCGGUUUGGAAGACACAUCCGGCACGUUGGUGAAACUGCCCAAGAACUUCAGUCUUGCCGAUAUUAAGGACCUGGAGAGCAGCCCCAUCAACCAGCUACUCACUGCGGACGUGAAAAGCAGCGGUCCUGGCGAGGGAGAGUUGAACCAGGCCAAGAGAGAGCUCAUUAUGAGUUUCAGUACAAACACCAUCAAGGAAGAGGACGAGGAGUUUGACAAUGUGAUCUAG